GCUUCUCCAUCAUUCAAUUAAGAACUCCUCCACCCAAUUUUUUUUUUUAAAAACAACACCCCAUUACUCUCUCUUUCUCUCAAACGCAAAACGAUGGCUAUAACCGCUACUACAAACGGCGGCGACGUUUCGUUAAACGCUGAUAAGGUUUCACACGAUCUUGUGGAAACUGAUGUUGAGAUCAUCACCUCUGGUCGUCGUCGUAUUCCUGCACACUCCGGUAUCCUCGCUUCAGCGUCACCAGUACUAACGAACAUCAUGGAGAAGCCGAGGAAAAUCCACGGCGGAUCAUCGAAGAGAGUUAUCAAGAUUCUAGGUGUUCCAUGCGACGCCGUUUCAGUUUUCGUCAGAUUCCUCUAUUCACCAAGUAGUCUCACCGAGAAGGAGAUGGAAACGUAUGGGAUCCAUCUACUGGCUUUAUCACACGUGUACAUGGUGACUCAGUUAAAACAGCGAUGCACUAAAGGCGUGGGUGAGUCAGUAACCACCGAAAACGUGGUCGAUGUUCUCCAGCUGGCUCGGCUCUGCGACGCACCUGACCUCUUUCUCAAGUGCAUGCGUCUCAUUCAGUCCAAGUUCAAGACCGUUGAACAGACCGAAGGUUGGAAGUUUCUUCAAGAACACGAUCCUUUUCUUGAACUCGACAUUCUCCAAUUCAUCGACGAGGCUGAAUCGAGGAAGAAAAGAAGACGGAGACACAGACGAGAACAGAAUCUGUAUAUGCAAUUGAGUGAAGCCAUGGAAUGUAUCGAACAUAUAUGUACCGAAGGUUGCACACUGGUCGGACCAUCUUGCAACUUAGACAACAACAAGUCAACAUCUCAAGUCAAAACCGGUCCGUGCAGUGCCUUCUCGACUUGUUACGGUCUCCAACUUCUGAUACGUCACUUUGCAGUAUGCAAGAAACGAGUAGAUGGCAAAGGUUGUGUCCGUUGCAAGAGAAUGAUUCAACUCCUUAGACUCCAUUCUUCCGUCUGCGACGACCAAUCUGAAUCUUGCCGUGUCCCUCUUUGCAGGCAAUUUAAAAAAAGAGGUGAAAAGGACAAGAAAAUGGUUGAGGAGACGAAGUGGAAGGUUCUGGUGAGAAGAGUUGCGUCCGCGAAAGCCAUGUCUUCGUUAUCCCAAUCAAAGAAGAACAAAAGUGAAGUGUUAUUUAAAGAAGAAGAAGAAGAUUUCAUUAGAAUCCGGAACAAGUUAAUAUGAAUAUUGUAAGAUAUAUGGCAUUUAGAAUGAGUGUUUGUUAGAAGCCAUUAUUAGAGUUGGAGGUUUUGUUUGUUUGUAAUUUGUCUUUUGGACCGGUUGAUUGGGUUAAAUUUGUCGAUGAGUAACCCUUUCAACCGAUCUUUGUUUGGUCAGAUUUAUAUAUAAAUGUGUUAUUGGUUAAAGGUUACAACA